AUGCACGACAGCAAAAGAAAAGUCACACAUCCGGCGGUAACAUGCACAACGGCAAAGGCAAAGAAGUUACACGCCCGGCGGGAAUACGUACCACCAGCUCGCUCGGUUGCAAGUGUCGCCCCGGAGCGUGAUGCUAACACGACGAAGAGCGCCGAACGAAAGUCUCAUGUGGUUAAAAAUCACAUGAAUCUUGAAGACCAUAGAAAGUGUUUGUUUGGAGAAGCUGGAGUGGAAUUGUACAGGGAGAAUGUAUCGAUACGAUCUUUUAACCAUCAGCUCAUGACGAUAAGCACUAAAAAAUUGACAUACAACAGCUAUGAUGACAAGAAGCAUACGUUGGAAGAUAAAGUUCAUACGCUUGCCCACGGACAUUAUAGAAUAGUAGAUGCAGAGUUGGCUGAUAUGAUGUCUGAUACUGGAUAUUAGGAUUUGUACAAACUUGAUAUAUAUAUAUAAUAUCACGCA